AUGGGGUGUGAGCGUGUGGUCAAGUCCUUUCUCUUAAGCAUCUCCAGGAGAAAGCCCUUUGAAACUGAUGGAGAGGAGUCAACAUUUAACAGAUGCCUGACCACUUUGGAUUUGGUGGCUCUUGGAGUUGGAAGCACAUUGGGAGCUGGGGUCUACGUUCUGUCUGGUGAAGUGGCAAGGGACACCUCUGGACCGAGUAUCAUCAUUUGUUUUUUCAUUGCUGCCUUGGCAUCUAUAUUCGCUGGACUUUGCUAUGCGGAGUUUGGGUCCCGGGUACCCCUAACUGGUUCAGCCUACCUGUACAGCUAUGUGACUGUGGGAGAGCUGUUGGCUUUCAUUACAGGAUGGAAUCUGCUUCUUUCGUAUGUAAUAGGGACAUCUAGCGUGGCGUUGGCAUGGAGCGGGACAUUUGAUGACCUCAUUGGAGGGCACAUGUCCAAUUUUUUUGAAGAAAACGCAGCCAUGAACCUUCCUGGUUUGGCUCCUUAUCCCGAUAUCUUUGCCGCUGUUCUUAUUAUAUUGCUAUCAGGACUUCUGGCCUUUGGGGUGAAAGAGUCAACGACCAUCAAUAAGAUUUUUACAGCAAUCAACAUCCUAGUGCUGCUCUUUGUGUCGAUAUCUGGGUUUAUCAAAGGAGACAUUAAAAACUGGCAGAUCAGUAAAGACAUCCUGCUAAACUACACAACACAAAAGUAAUUAAAGAAAACCAACCUGUCCACCACAGCCUUCGGGGGUGGAGGGUUUUUCCCGUACGGCUUCACAGGGACUUUGGCUGGGGCAGCUACAUGUUUCUAUGCCUUUGUUGGUUUUGACUGUAUUGCUACAACAGGUGAGGAAGUGAAAAACCCUCAGAAGUCUGUCCCUGUGGGCAUUGUUGCCUCUCUGCUCAUCUGUUUCUUGGCUUACUUUGCUGUGUCCGCGGCUCUCACUCUAAUGAUGCCUUACUACAUGCUCGACCGCAAGAGUCCACUGCCUGUGGCCUUUGAGUACAUCGGCUGGGGUCCGGCCAGAUACGUUGUAGCAGUGGGAUCUCUGUGUGCUCUGUCCACCAGUCUCUUGGGGUCUAUGUUUCCAAUGCCACGCGUGUUGUUUGCCAUGGCCAGAGACGGUUUGCUCUUCCACCCACUCACCAAAGUCACAGCCAAAGGAAGUCCAGCUAUUGCAACUAUAGCAUCUGGAGUAGUAGCAGCUCUCAUGGCGCUUUUGUUUGACUUGAACGCUUUGGUAGAGAUGAUGUCCAUUGGCACACUGUUUGCUUACACACUGGUCGCUAUAUGCAUACUAAUACUGAGGUAUCAAGAGUCUCAAAACCAAGAAUCCAGACCUGAAUUCAAGUAUUCAUUCCUCAAACCGCCAUCAGCUCCAAAUUCAAAAACCUCUAAAGCAGUCACACUCUUGACCAUCAGUGCUGUGCUUUGUAUUACUGCACUCUGCAUCUUACUGACUCAAGCUCUUGAUGCCAUAUUGAGCACAGAACCGUGGAGUUUGGCAUUGGUCUGCAUCUUUGCCUUUAUCCUACUGUUGCUAAUAUUUUUCAUUUGGAGGCAUCCACAGAAUCCAACCAAAGCAACUUUUAUGGUGCCUCUUGUCCCUGCUCUCCCUUUGCUGAGUACAUUCAUCAAUGUUUACUUGAUGGUGCAAUUAGGUGCAGAUACGUGGUUAAGAUACGCUAUAUGGAUGUUAGUAGGAUUACUCAUCUAUUUUCUCUAUGGGAUGUGGUUCAGUGUCCAGAGAAGACGCAGCACACCUGGACACGUACAGAUAGAGACUGUUAGUGGAAUAACAGAGAAAGACAUUAUAAAAGAAGAGAGAUUCUAA